CUGUUGCCCGCGAAGGACCCGCCCAACGUGAUGACGUCGCUGCGCGCGCGCCCUCGGGAGGAGGAAUAGGGGCUGCGGGCCGGCGGGCGCCCAGGCUUCGGCCCCGCACGGCCAGGCGAUGGAGUUUCCGGACCUCGGGGCUCACUGUUCGGAGCCGAGCUGUCAGCGCUUGGAUUUCUUGCCACUCAAGUGCGAUGCCUGCUCGGGCAUCUUCUGCGCAGACCAUGUGGCCUACGCCCAGCACCACUGUGGAUCCGCAUACCAAAAGGAUAUCCAGGUACCUGUGUGUCCCCUCUGUAAUGUGCCUGUGCCGGUGGCCAGAGGGGAGCCUCCUGACCGGGCUGUGGGAGAGCACAUUGACAGAGACUGUCGAUCUGAUCCGGCACAGCAAAAACGCAAGAUCUUCACCAAUAAGUGUGAACGAGCUGGCUGCCGGCAGCGGGAGAUGAUGAAACUGACUUGCGACCGAUGUGGCCGAAACUUCUGCAUCAAGCACCGUCAUCCACUGGACCAUGAUUGCUCUGGGGAAGGUCAUCCGACCAGCCGGGCAGGGCUUGCUGCUAUCUCCAGAGCACAAGGUCUGGCUUCUACAAGCACUGUCCCUAGUCCAAGUCGGACCCUGCCUUCAUCAUCCUCCCCCAGCAGAGCCACACCCCAGCUUCCACCCAGGACAGCCCCUCCUGUUAUUGCUUUGCAGAAUGGCUUGAGUGAGGACGAGGCCCUGCAGCGUGCCCUGGAACUGUCCCUUGCGGAGGCUAAACCCCAGGUCCCAAGCUCUCAGGAGGAGGAAGACUUGGCACUAGCACAGGCGCUGUCAGCCAGUGAGGCAGAGUACCAACAGCAGCUGGCGCAGAGUCGUAGCUUGAAGCCGUCCAACUGCAGCCUGUGCUAGGGUCCUGGGCUUGGGGAGGGAGGCUCACCCAAGGACUGUGGCCCUCACAUCUCCAGGGUACACAGGGAAAGGAAGCACAGAGAAGCCUGGAUCACAGUGACAAGCAGGAGUGACAUGGAGCACACUCCAUGGAGCCUGGAGAGGAAGGCGGCUUGUACAGCCAAGCUAGCUCUGCUGCUGCAGAAGAGGGUGGCUGGGAUCCGCUCUCUGGUUGGGGCCUUGGUAGGUGCUAACCAGACUUGAUCCCCACAGCCUCCGUUCAUCCUGUUACCCCCUUUUCCCUGGGGCUGCCACAUGUUAUCGGACCAGAAGAGGGCUGGGAAGAGUAAAGACUGGCAAUUAGUAAGA